AUGGACGUCCAGGAGGACGUGCGCGCUCUGGAGGCCGAGAUCGCCGCUCUGAGGCGUGCUUGCGAAGCGCCGACGGCUCCCGGGAGAGAGGCUUGUGGAACCAAGAAAUCAUUAAAAAAUAUAUAUCAACCAAAGUCUGAAGGAUGGGAGUCUGCAACACAUUUGAGAAGACCGCUUGGACGUUUAGAAUCCGAACUUUCAUUUCUGAGUACCCUUAUUGGCAUCAGCAUAAGAAAGUACUCCAAGAAAACAGAGGACCUAACACGCACUGAGAUGACACAAAGAAAUAUAACGAAAAUUCUACAGAGAUACAGAUUAUCAGGAAGUUGUCACAUGGUUACAUUUCAACUUGAAUUUCAGAUUCUGGAAACUCAGAAUGAGGAGAUUUUAUCUUCUGUUAUUACCGACCUGAAUAUAAUAGUGGAACCUACAGAUUAUGCAGAAUUAAGUGAAUUUGUUUGUAGAGUAGAAGAAAGAAGAGAUCUCUUCAUGUUUUUCAGAAGCCUACACUUUUUUGUGGAGUGGUGUGAAUAUCGCAAGUGCACAUUCAAGCAUUUCAAGGAAAAAUAUCCAAAUAUCGUGUAUCUCCCAGAAGGCGCCACCUCUAACUACAUGGGGAUCCAGAGUGCCAGCCAUGCUGGACUUGAAUUAAUAAUUGUUUGGAGGCUACAAAUAGAUGACAAAGGGAAAGUUUUGCCAGUGCUGGAUCUUUUAACCAAAAUUCCACAACAAGCUCUAGAACUGGACAAGAAGAAAGUUACAGAAAGUGCACCUCUCAACUUCCGCACCCUGCUAGGAGUGCUUGGAAUCGAAGCUUCUCUAGAAAACCUGAUAAAAUUAUUUUCAACACAAAAGAAUGACUAGUUCAUGAAAAUGGAACACUGAUGAAAUAAGAUUCUGCACUAGGCAAUUUAUUAUUUUAUUGAAUAUAAACAUUUGCUAUUGUCCAUUUAGAAAUCAGACCUUUAAAACAUGCUAUUAAUGCAAUAUGGCACAUAUAUAAACUGUCAUGACAUGAAAAAUAAAUACAGCUAUUUAAAU